GCGACAAGGAAAAGGGAGCAACCAUUGUCACCACGUGCAUCAACCUCCUCAAGAACAUGGUCGGCGCAGGCACGAGUGUCCCCGAUGCCCUGGCAGCGUUCGCCGAGAGGGCGGGCGAGAAACUAUUUGCCGUGAGUGCGGAUGGCUCCAGGUCAGUUUCUUGGGCGGAUCUGGUCGACAAGUGCCACAUGCGGAGAGGUCCCGGUGCGACACCUCGUCGAUUAAGAACAUCAUGUCCGGUGGUGCCGCGUGCCCAACAUCCGCGAAGAAGGGCAUUGUCGACAUGUUUGGUCCCGUGCUGCGCGAGCUGCACGGUGCAUCGGAGCUGGGUGGAGUCACUAUCUCGGGGGCGUCCCAGAGGGGACAAUGCUGGAGAAGCCGUUGUCUUGUGGUAAGCCGGCCUCCGGCAUCGACGUGA